UAGUUUAUAAUCCAUCAACUAGUAGUGAUGAUGAUUCAGAAGAAGAACCCGUUAGGCCAGGCUGCAAAAUCGGAAGAUGGAGAUUCUGGGGAUUCUGGGGAUUCUUGGUUAGAUGUUAUCGGUUUUUAUGUGGUACAUCUCAGUAA